AUAUACACAGACACACACACUAAGCUUCUUCUUCUUCUUCUUCAUCAUCAUCUUCUUCUUCAUCUUCCUUUUCUUGUUGUAAUUAGUAUAACCAGAAAACAGUAUGGCUGAAGAGAAGCACCACCACCACUUGUUCCACCGCCACAAGGAUGGUGAAGAAAGGCCGCCGGUGGAUGCCGGCUACGGCGGUGAGAAUCUUGAAGGUGGCUAUGGAGGUCAACCUCCUGAGGAGGUUGAUCACAAGAAAGAAGAGAAGCACCAUAAGCAUCUCGAGCACCUUAGUGAGCUUGGUGCUGCCGCUGCCGGUGCUUAUGCUCUGCAUGAGAAGCACAAGGUAGAGAAAGAUCCAGAACAUGCACACAAGCAUAAGAUAGAAGAGGAAGUUGCUGCCGUUGCUGCCGUCGGAGCAGGUGGCUUCGCCUUCCACGAGCACCAUGAAAAGAAGGAAGCUAAGGACGCCGACGAAGAGGCUCAUGGCAAGAAGCACCACCAUCUUUUUGGCUAAACACAUUACAUACAUGCGUAUACAUAUAUUAUGUAUGUAUAUAUGUGUGUAUAUGUAUGUAUGGAUGUAAAAGCACAUCACUGAAGCAUCACCAUGGUGUAUUUUAUGAUUUGCCCUAUGUAUUUUGUGUUGUGUUUCUUAUGUGGUUUCUGGGAAUAACUUCUGAGUGAGUUUAAUUUGGAGACUGGUUUUUUCUUCUCUCUAGGUGUUGCUUCACAUGUCUUUUGUGCUACCAGGUUUAAUUAUCUAUAAUAAUGAUGAUACUUAA